AUGGCGGUCGAUACAAGCUACUUGACCACUCAGGUCAACACUAUCGUCUCCGAACUGCAUGGGAUCUUUGAUGACAUUGGGGUUCCGAGCCAUGAGCGCGACGCGCGCGAGGCAGAGCUCUUCAAUGCUUUGUCAGAAACGCUGAACAACCACCUCAAACUCGUGGACACUGAGAAGAAGGACAUGGAAGAAGAGGCGCAGCGAUUGAUCACUGCUAUCCAACAUAUGGAACACUCGCUGGUGGAUGAGAAGGCCAAUGGACAGUAUCAGCUCGACCACAACGCCUUGCGGAUCAGCUACCCGCUCAACCGUUGUCUGGCUUUCCUGCGCGAGGAGCAUGGCGCAUUGAGCAAACUGCAUAAGGAGCGCUUCGAGCAAGUGAGGAAACUGGUUGAGGCUCUCGAAUCCUAUUCGUCGCAUCUCGAAGCAACCUUCGUCAAUAUCGAUCUGCCGCCGACAGCACCUGGUUCUACGAUUUCGCCGAGCUUUGAUCUUUCCCCAUCCUACGUUACCGCCCUGGACGACGAAUUCACGAGAGUCUACGAAGAAUACCACCGGCGGCUGGAGUUUGUUAAAACCACCUGCGAGGAGAUCAUCAAGCUGUGGGCCGAGCUUGGCACUCCCCAGGUGCAGACGGACACGAACAUCGUCAAGUACUACCGGGAGGCACCCGAGCAACUAGGUCUCCACGAAUCCGAUCUGAACAACCUGAAGGCGAGACGCGAGAAGCUGUUGGAGGAAAAGAGAAGCCGGGAGCGCAAGCUGAAGGACUUGAGGACUGCGGUGGAAGCACUUUGGGAACGAUUCAAUAUUGACGAGACCGACCGGAAGGAAUUCCUCGCUGCAAACCGUGGCUGCGGCCUCCGGACCAUUAACGAGUUCGAGGAAGAACUAGGCCGGCUCAACGAGCUCAAGAGCCAGAAUCUGCAUCUCUUUGUUGAAGAUGCCCGGGUUCGGUUGCAGGAACUAUGGGAUGCUCUUUACUUCUCGGAAGAGGAGAUGAUUGAUUUCACUCCUGCUUUCUCAGAUGUCUUCAGUGAUGCGCUUCUCGAAGCGCAUGAAGGCGAAAUUGCGCGUUUGGAGACUCUCAAGGCACAGCGGGCGCCAGCUUUGCAACUCAUAAACAAGCACCGCAGUCUCUUGGCGGAACGAGAGGCUCUAGCCAUCUCCAGUCAAGACGCCUCCCGCCUCAUGGCGCGUGGCGCGAAGGGAGAGAGGCGCGAUCCAGGAAAGCUGUUGAGGGAGGAGAAGAUGAGGAAGCGAAUCGCCAAGGAAUUGCCUAAGGUUGAGGCCGAUCUGAGGAAGGAGCUGGAGAGGUGGGAAGAAGAUUACGGCCGGCCAUUCCUCAUCCACGGAGAACGAUACCUGGACGAGCUCACCCCAGUCGCUGCUAAACCUCCUCCGCGAUCCAAGACGCCCUCCGCUGUCCCGGCCAGUGCCACCAAGCGGAGCACCGGCCAGAUGCAGCCCCCGUCGCGCCCUGCGAGCGUGAUGCGAGGGGCCCCACCACCUCGCUCCGCAAGCAAGACGCCCACUGGCCAUCAUCCUCAUCAUCCUCCGACCAAAUACAACACCAUUGGACCUUCGAGAGCGCCCUCCAGAGCGGGUACCAAGUCUCCUUCGAAGAUACCAGCCCGGAUUCCUCUCGGAAACAUGCCCCAUGGGAACAAUUUCCCCCAACGCCGGGCAGUUCCUGGGGCUUAUUCCUCGAGCACGAUCAAUGGCAAAAUCCCGGCACCUCGCCCGCCUCCACCUAGAAUGCGGGCAUUGACUGGUGGUGAAUCGCGGGAGGAGCGAAUGUCCUACCUCUUCGACCCUCCACGGAGUGCCAGCGCCUUGUCCAAUUCAUUCGUCCGACCAGUCAGCCCCGAAGACGUGUACGAUGAUCGCAACCAGCGGUCCUUCAUUAGCUCGUCAGCAUUUUCUCAACGAUCCACUGGGUUUUCCCAGUCCUCGCAUUCGUCGGCCUCGUCGUUAUCCUCCUCCAUGCAAGGGUUCCCUAAACCUAAUCCUUAUCUGCAGCGUGCUGCCCCACCCCCAGCUCCUGCACCCAGACAAGUGUCCAGCUCCUCGACCGUCAUCUCAGCGAAUACCGGAUCCGAGAACUGGGAAACGUUCGACUCAGGCACUGAGUCGGAAGCCGAUGCUAGCGACGUCUAUUACGCCAAACUCCGUGCGGCUCACGGGAAACGCCUGUUGGCCCCCGAGGAGACCCCUGUCCUUUCGCUCGGAGGGAAGAAAGCCAAAGGCAUUCGGAGUGUGAGCCCCGAUGAGCCGGCGGACAUUCAGCACGGACAGAUGAUGCAUGCAGGUGGAGGUGAUGAUGAAUGGACGGAUGAUCUGGAGCCUUACUAA